CGCGCUGGCGGCCGCUCGCCACCGAGGCCGCGGCGCUCGCCAUGGCCGCCCCCUCCCCACCGCCGCCGACCCCCGCCCGCCGAUCCUUCCUCCCUUCGCUGCCGCCUCUUCCUCCUUCUUCUCCCGCUGCUCUCCUCCUGCUCCUCGCUCUGCUCCUGGCCGGGCCGCUCGGAAGGGCUCACGUUUGGUCAGAACCUGCUCUUUUCUCCUGAAGCUCAAGCUCUGACUUGCUUGUGCUCUGACUGCAAACAAGCAAACUCCACCUGUGAGACCGACGGGGCCUGCAUGGUCUCAGUCUUCAACCUGGAUGGUGUCAAACACCACGUUCGGACCUGCAUUCCUGAAGCAAAGCUGAUUCCUGCUGGGAAGCCCUUCUACUGUCUGAGCUCAGAAGAUCUGCGUAAUACUCACUGCUGCUACUCUGAUUUUUGCAACAAAAUCGAUUUAAUGGUUCCCAGUGGCCACCUGAAAGAGAACGAGCCCCCUUCCAGCUGGGGUCCUGUGGAGCUGGUGGCAGUGAUUGCUGGACCUGUCUUCUUGGUGUUUGUUGUCAUGAUCAUCGUGGUUUUUGUCUUUCAUCACCACCAACGAGUCUACCACAACCGCCAGCGCCUGGACAUGGAAGACCCUUCUUGUGAAAUGUGCCUGUCCAAGGAUAAGACCUUGCAAGAUCUUGUCUACGAUCUCUCCACCUCUGGCUCUGGCUCAGGUUUGCCGCUUUUCGUCCAGCGGACGGUGGCUCGGACCAUUGUCCUGCAGGAGAUCAUUGGGAAGGGACGUUUUGGGGAGGUUUGGCGUGGCCGUUGGCGUGGGGGGGACGUGGCUGUGAAAAUCUUCUCAUCCCGGGAGGAACGUUCCUGGUUCAGGGAAGCAGAAAUCUACCAAACCGUGAUGCUGCGUCACGAGAACAUCCUGGGAUUCAUCGCUGCCGAUAACAAAGAUAACGGGACGUGGACCCAGCUGUGGCUUGUCUCUGAUUACCACGAGCAUGGCUCCCUCUUUGACUACCUGAACCGCUACACGGUGACCAUCGAGGGGAUGAUCAAGCUUGCCCUGUCUGCUGCCAGUGGGCUGGCCCAUCUGCACAUGGAGAUUGUGGGGACUCAGGGAAAGCCUGGGAUUGCUCACAGGGACUUGAAAUCCAAGAACAUCUUGGUGAAGAAGAAUGGCACGUGUGCCAUCGCUGACCUUGGCCUGGCUGUCCGGCACGAUUCUGUCACAGAUACCAUUGAUAUUGCCCCAAACCAAAGGGUUGGAACCAAACGAUACAUGGCCCCUGAAGUUCUGGAUGAAACCAUCAACAUGAAACAUUUUGAUUCCUUUAAAUGUGCUGAUAUCUACGCCCUGGGCUUGGUCUACUGGGAAAUAGCUCGAAGGUGCAAUGCUGGAGGGAUCCAUGAGGAAUAUCAACUUCCCUACUACGACCUUGUUCCCUCUGAUCCUUCCAUCGAGGAGAUGCGGAAGGUUGUCUGUGACCAGAAACUGCGCCCCAACAUCCCCAACUGGUGGCAAAGCUAUGAGGCUCUCCGGGUGAUGGGGAAGAUGAUGAGGGAAUGCUGGUACGCCAACGGGGCCGCUCGCCUCACCGCCCUCCGCAUCAAGAAAACCCUCUCGCAGCUGAGUGUCCAGGAGGAUGUCAAAAUCUAAGCCCUGAGCACCCCCCUUACCCCCCCAGCAGGAGGAGGAAGCUGCACAGAAGCUGCCAUGCUGGAGUUAAAACGUGUGAUGGAGGAGCCUACCUCGUGUUUCUGCCCAAUCUACUGCUACAAACCAGACAGCGUUGAGCUCCAGGCUGCUCGGUGGGGUGAUGGAGCCUCUGGAAUUGCUCUCUUCCCUGCUUGGGUAUGAAACAAAAUCAGAAACCUUUUAUGAUCACCUCCUGACAGCGUGAAGACUGGGAGAGAGAGAGAGAGAGGGACUUCACCUGAGGGGAUCUCAGCCCUGUGCUCGUUUUUUUGUUCCUUUUAUUGGAAAUCUUGUGUCAAGUUCCGUGCGUGCCCCUCGGUGGGGUUUGGGGCUGGGAGUGGGAAGGGAAAGGGAAAGGUUUUUUUUUCUUGCCAUCCUCUGAGGAUGUUUCCAGGGACUGGCAGGUGAAAUGCAGGAAAAACAAAGAAACCAACAAAAAAAAACCAAGCGUUUGCAAAACAAAUGGUGCUCCCUUCCAAGAGGCUGAGCCUGAACAGCUUCACCAAACCCGGUUCCUCCUGGGUUUGAUUUAUUAUUAUUAUUAUUAUUAUUAUGAAUUUUUUUUGUUCAUUUUUACUUAAGCUUGAAAACUUCCCAGCCCAGACCAGUGAGGGGCUGGGGCUGUUGGUGUCUGCAUGCGCGAGGUGCGCGUGUCCCCUGUGCCUGUCCUCUCCUCUGUGGAAGUGCUGUGUCUGCCCCUAGGGUGGCUCAUCUCUCUUUGUGCUUUCUGUGCAUGUGCAAAUAAUCUCCAGUGUCCCUUUUUUUUUUUUUUUUUUUUUUUUUUGCUGGAUUUUUUGUCUGCUUGGGUUGGUUUUGGUUUUGGGGUUGGUUUUGGAGCUGUGCGUGCUGGUGCUCUCCUUCCUCGUCGAGUCGUGAGCGUUUGGUCUGGCGUGGACAAACUGCUCCACACCAGAUCCUGUAGCUCUCUGGUGGGUGCUGUGGCCUGGUUAUCCCCACGCUGGCUGCAGGAGCAUCCCACCAGGUUGUCUCACUGCCACCCCCCUCUCCCUGUUUUUUUUUUUUAUUUUAUUUUAAGGACAAAGCAAAGGAACUGAUUUCACUCCUGGAAUCCAGGUUUUUGGGGUUCUCUUUUGUCUCAACCCCCCAGAAUUUUUUUGGUAGGGUGGAAAGAGCUGGGGGGGAUGUCAGGGGGAGCUGGAAGGAGACCAGGCCACAAGGACCUGCUGAAGACCCCCUGGGAGCACCAUUCCCUUCUCCACCACCCAGGGACCCCCAGCAGCACGGGGCAGAGUUGGGAGGAGAGUCAGGGGGUGCUCUGCACCCAGCAGGAUCCCCCAGCAGUGGGUGGGGGUGGAAAUCAAUGUCCAUUUUUGAAUAUACAUAUAUAAAUAUCUCAUAGUCUGGACGUGGCUGUGUAUAACUCGUGGGGUGGGGGGGGAAACUGCAUGAAUUUUAUUUUGGUUAAAAACCAAAUGAGGGUGCAGUAGUGUAGUGGUUGCUGCUGCCAGCAGCACCAGUGGUUGGGUGGAUAGGGCAGUGUCUGUGAUAUCUAACUCUGAAGCCAUAACUUUUAACUGGAGUGGGUUUGAUGAUUGGUUUGGUUUUUUUUUUUUAUUGUUGUUAUUAUUAUUAAUUAAUAUUAUUAUUUUAUGGGAGGCUCUGGAUUUUAAACUUUUUUUAAUAUUGUCAGUUCUUUCUAAGAGAAGAGAAACAAUCUAUAAUGAUUACCUCUCAACCUGAUUGUUUGUAAAGAAAUCACUUUAAAAAAAAAAAAAAAAAGAAAAAAAAAAAAAAAUACCAAAUGCACACACAGCUCGAUUUACACUGGAACUGUUUCUACUCAAACCUCACCCUGCUCUGUCCAGGGAGGUUUCAUCUCUGCUCCAGCCAGCGGGGUUUAACUCUUGGUGUUUUUAUUUUUAACUCUGUUCUUGCUGUCCGUGUACCUCUUGGUGUGUCAGUCUUGCCCCAGGCUCCCUCCCUUGUCUGUGACUUUGUGUCAAGUGAGGAGUGCCAGGUUUGGGUUUUCUGGUUGGUUUUGGUUUUUUAUUAUUAUUUUACAUCCUCUUUGGAGCUGGUUUUGCAUCCUGGUGGUGGGAGGCUUGGGGGGGCUUUGUGAAUGUACAGCUUUGCCUUCCCUUCCCGAGGUGUUCUCAUCCCCCCCCCUCUAUCCCCACCUGGUUUUUCCAAACCCUUUUUAGACAGCCCGAGGUGUGGUGGCCACUAAAACAAAAUCCCCUCCAGAUUUUUGGGCUGCUGCAGCAGGAGCUCAGCCACGGGAAGCCAAACACAACAGUAGGUACGGAUCCCCUGGGAGCACAAAGGGGGGAGCUCUGUGUCCCCAGGACAACUCUGCUGUCCCAGAGAAGCUCCUCCAGGACACAUCCUCAGCUCCAGGACUUGCACUGAACCCCCCUUUUCACCCAUUUUUCCCUCCAACUGUUGUAGCCACAACAUCCAUCUGCCUCAGCUCAACCAAACAGCAGCUUCGGACCCCCCCAGGAGGGGUGAUGAGGGGGUGGUGGUCCCUGGGAGGAGGAGGAGGUGGUGAUGGAGGUGGUCAAAAGCAAGGAUGCUCCGGGCUGGGAACGCUGACAAUGUAGCAUUUAUCCAGCACUUUUCAUGCAAACCCCUGGCAGGGAGCUGCAGUGCUCAUGGAGCAAACAUAGGAAUGGCUGCCCCGGCUCGGAGGUGGAAAAAGGUCCUGGUGGUGAGGAGAGAGGAGAAGGAAGCUGGGACAGAGAAGGGGGAAGGUACUGGGGGGGAAAUGGUGCUGGGGAGAGGGGCAGGUUUGUGCUGCUUCUGUCAGGCAAGGGGUGGGUACGCUGGCUUCAGAACAGAUCUCUUGGUACUUCCCCUGCCCCCCCUUUUUAUUUGAUUGGUUUUGUAUAUUUGAUUAGAAAUGGACUGUAAAAUAGCCACUUAGACACUUUACCUCUUCAGUAUGCAACUGUAAAUACGAUGUAAUAUAGGAUAUCUUUUGUUUAAUAUAAACCAAGGCUGUCGGUUUCUGCUGUACAUUAUUAAAAGUUUUGUUUUAUUCAC